UGGGUUAACAUCCAUAUUCCUUAACGUAUCCAUCAAAAUAUGAGACGAAGUAUAUUAAAUGCUGAAAAAAUGUAAAGAAAAAUGUACAGUAUACGUGAUGUAGCCAGUUCCAGACGAGAAUAUUCUGUAACAAUGUUAUCUUCAACGCCUCCAUUAUCUUGUAUGCAAAUAGAUUUUUUAUCUAAGCAAUUGUCUGUUUGAUUUGUUAGCUUAGACUUAACAAAGGACUUCAUAAGUGGAGCUAAUACUAUUAUAACUAUUUUGGAAAGCAGACCUACACCGAAAGACAUGCAGUUGAUGGAAUUUAACCAGUGCCACAGAGUCUCUAUAUUCACGGACCCAGUACACACACAAUGAUUAUUACCACUGUCUAUGCUGAAACGAACGCAUUGUCAAGAAGUAUCCCUAUAUCACAGGAAAUCUAUUUCAUCUAGGUUUACACUAUCCAAUUAGCAUACCAUUUUCUUGUGUAAAAUAUAUAUGCUUAAGCCUUAGAAUUCAUUGUUUAUAUUCGACGACAUUCAACGAUGUAAAGCCACCGAAGUAUUGCUGCUAGAGUUCACAAUUGUACAUCAAGUAGAAGACAUUUGCUGAGUACAGAGAUGGAAAAUGGUUGUUUACCACACUCUAACUUAUCAAAUACAGCGAAAUGUAUCUGCCUUAUCAACAAUGGAUUUUUGUACUUCCUCGUCGGUAUGAGUUUUGUUACCAUGGGCGUACUGAAUGCAGCAAUUGCAGAUUCGAUAGGUUCCACGGACGGGUAUACGACAUUCAUUGGAGCUAUAUUAAUCGCUAUUACCAACCUUUCUGGAUUCACAGGAGUAUACUUACUCAAACAGAUUGGAAUGAAGUACUUGACGAUUGUAUCUACUUCUUUGAAAUUUAUUUCGACGUGCAUGCUCUCAACUGUAAACGACACAGUGUCAUUUGCCGGGUGGAUGACGAUGCUAGCUCUUGCUAAUGGUUUGAUAAUGUCAACAAGUAUAUCUGUAUUGGGAUUAAUAUUUGCCGACCAUCUUAGUAACGCAAUUGGAUUUGUCACCCUGUUAUUUAUGAUUGGCACCGCAACACCUUCUGUUACACAGGUCUGGUUAGAAAAUUAUGGUUGGAGAGGGGCUUUACUUGUGACAGGAGCAAUACAUUUGCAAGGGUUAGUGACAGCAACGGCUCUUGAUUCCAACAUUGGCCGCAAACAGGACAUCACUUACACACAACUUGGAAAACAUGAAGACAAAACAUUCGUAGAAAAGAUUGGAGAACGUUUUCAACUUCACGUUUUCAGAAAUAUUAAAUUAAUCGGAUUGUUAACUGUUUACUUUUGUAGCUGUUAUACUGGGGUCAUGUUCUUCUUGAGUUUAAUACCGUACGCCAUUAGCAUCAGUAUUGAGCCUAUGUAUGCAAGCUUUCUGAAAACGCUUGUUGGAAUCGGAAGUGUUAUUGUCAGAAUGGUACAGUGUAUUGUUCCACAGACGGUCAAGAUAUCAGCCAAGCUGUUGGUGCUACUACAAAUCAUCGACGUCAUAGCACUUACAGUUUUCAUAUUCUCGAAUCAGUAUGGUGCUCUGGCUAUAACGUCAUUUACACAUGGAGCGGCAUAUGGAAUGCAAUCCUGCUUAACACUCUUCCUGGUAAUAAAGUCAGUGGAUACAUCAUACACUGGUGUCGCCAUUGGCUGGUGUAAUGUAUUUGCAGGCAUAGGUCAAAUUUCGGCCGGAUUACUGGGAUUUUUCAACAGUGACAUGGAUUUGCUAUUUUGUUUCCAGACAAGCACAGUUGUACAAACCUUUGCGUUAAUUCCAAGUACAUAUGUGUUAUUCUUAUAUCAUCGCUCUUCGAAAAAUAAAGAAAGAUGAACAUUUGUCUGUAUGUUUAAAAAAAAAGUCACGUAAUCAGUUUCCCUGUAGUCGUCGACCAUCAAUCUCCGUACUUCCAACCAAUGUGCUUAUUACUUAUACUGUUAAAUUUGUCUGCAUUGUGUUUGAAGAUAUAUAACAAAAUAUAUAAUAUACUGUAAAAUAUAUCUGAA